CCUUCUCUAGAAACAGCUGAACAAGCAACAGGAAAGGUUGUGGAGGAAGAGGAGAUGGUGAAACCACAGAAAAGCAGAAGUUAAGAGUGACCACAGCCUGUGAGCAGCCCUCAGCUGGAUGGAUUCCUUCAGCAUUACCAGCAGACAUGGGGGAGAAGGAAAAACCAUCCAGGACACACUACAGUGCUUCUGAUGCUACCGGACGGGGCUGGACUCAACAUUGUUCAUGAAGCAGGAAUUCUGCCAAGAACCCAACCCACCCAGCGGCUCAGCAGUGCAGGUGCAAUGUAAGCUGCUGCUGAAGAUGCGAACUUGCUCCUUACCUAUGUUGAAGGCCUUGGCCAGUGCAAUAAUAUUUGCAGUCAUUCUCUGGAACCUGAAUUUCCUUGGCUACCAAUCUGAGGUUCCUGGCCCAACCCUGGGGCACAGCGAACCCCUGACAGUCCUGAUCUGGCACUGGCCUUUCCACCACACACUGAACCUCAGCACUGACGUUUGCGCAGACCGCUACAAGAUCAAGGGCUGCCAGCUGACGGGGGACCACAGAUUCUUUAACCAGGCAGAUGUUGUGGUGUUCCAUCAUCGGGAGCUGCAACAGGGCAAGGUAAGACUCCCAACAGAAAGGAGGCCUCCUGGACAAAACUGGGUGUGGGUUACCCUGGAGUCCCCCACCAACACUAAGGCACUGACUGGCUGGAACCAAACCUUCAACUGGGUCAUGACAUACAGACAAGACUCGGACAUCUUCAUGCCAUAUGGGGAGCUUGUGCGCCAUCCAUCAGCCAGUGUGGACAUUCCAACCAAAACUGGCUUGGUGUCCUGGGUCAUUAGUAACUACCACCGGACUCAGAAGAGAGUGCAGGUCUACAGAGAGCUGUCCAGACAUCUCCAAGUGAACAUAUAUGGGAAAGCAAACAAGAAGCCACUGUGCCCAGACUGCCUCUUGCCGACCACCUCCAGGUACAAGUUCUACCUGGCCUUUGAGAACUCCAUCCACAAGGACUACAUCACUGAGAAGCUGUGGAGGAAUGCGCUGCUGGCCAGCACAGUGCCGGUGGUACUGGGGCCCCCCCGAGCCAACUACGAGAAGUUCAUCCCCGCAGACUCAUUCAUCCACACCGAGGACUUCAGCUCCAUGAAGGAGCUGGCCAGCUUCUUGAAGACCAUGAAUUCCAGCCGUUACAGGGCAUUCUUCGAGUGGAGGAAGAGGUAUAGGGUGAAGCUCUACACAGACUGGCAAGAACGGUUCUGCACCAUCUGCACCAGGUACCCCCGCCUGGCCCAGGGGCAAAUCUACCCUGACCUGGCGAGCUGGUUCAGUGCUUGAGAAGAUGGGGCUGGACCAAGCUGAGGCUUUUCAGAGAUGUGUGACUUGUACAGAGAAGCCAGGCCGUCUGCAUCAGCGGAAAAGGAUGUCCGUGAGGGCUGGCUCGUUUUGAGUCAAGUGGCUGGUGGGGUGACUGAGGGCACUGAGCAGGACCUGGGUCUGGGAGCCAGGAGCUCUGAGUACCAGUCCCAGCUCUGACACAGACGUGGCGAGACCUGGUGCAUGUUGCUGGUACUCAGCUUCCCCAUCUAUAAAGGCUCGUACACUUAUCUACCUCACAGGGGUGUUGUGAGGACUAACCGGUGCCUUGGAAAUAGACGGUGCUAAGUGAGGAUCGUUGAGUCUGCAGUUCAGCAGGUGGGCAGGUUCUGCACUGGCAAGGGCAGGCCAGUGAGCGUUGCUGGGCUGGGAAAUUAGGAUUUGCCAGCCCUUGUUUAGGGAAUGCCAAAGAAAUGGCUAGUUGCUCCCCUUUGCCCUCUCAGGAAUAAAUGGGGCAGAGGAGCGAGGUCAGGGGGGAGGGGUAAA